AUGGGAUGGGUCCUCGGCGAGGUGCUCCGCCUCUACCCGCCAUCCCCCAACAUGCAGCGGCAGGCCCUGCACGACAUCACCAUCGACGACGCCGGCACGACCAACUCGCGGGGCACCAACAUGGCCGUGGUGCUGCGGCGGUUCGAGCUAGCCAAGGCGCCCGAGUACCGGCGCUUGAGCUGGCCGUGGCCGUGGUACAUUCUGCCCCCGCCACGCCUUGACCGCCGGAACGCGCCCCAUCCAGGCAGAGGAGAGAGGAGAGAGAGGACAGAGGAAAGAUACGACAGAGGAGAGAUGAGAGAGGACAGAGGAAAGAGACGUCGACAGUGGGCGAAAUAA